AUGACCCUUUGCCUAAUUGCUCCAAAAUCUUUAAUCCCCGUAAAAAAUUUCUCAUUCUUGUUCUGUUCACGCAACGCUGCGUAUAGCUUCAAGGCACGCUUCACCUUAUUCCCCGCUCAAAAUAUUCCGGCCAGGCAAUUGAACAGCCAGAGUCCGAAGGCUGUGGAGAAUAUUAGCAGAGGUGAAAAUUUAUCGAAAGGGGAUUAUCGGGUUAAACCCUCGCACCGGCUUUACAAGGACCUAAUCCUGAAAACAGCGCUUGAACAUCCUGGGGCGUUCAAGAAUGCACACUGGGUCGGCCCGGAUUAUUUCAAUGCGUUGGCGAGUGAUUUGGAUUUACUCGUGAGCGUGAUACGUUCAAUUCAGGACCGGCCGACGACUGUGCUGAAGAUUUUCCGGUGGGCUGAGCGCCAAAAGGGGUUUCAACACUCGGAAAUCGUGUUUUGUGAUGUUCUUGAGGUGCUGGUGCGUAAUGGUCUGAUGAGAUCUGCCCAUUGCGUUGUGGAGAGGGUCAUUGAUGUCAACAUGCAUGGAAUUGUCAGCUUAUUAACCGGUGGGCAUGUGGAAAAUGAGGUUUCGGGCAAGGUGCUCGAUUUGUUGUUGUGGGUGUACACGAAGAACUCGGAUAUCGGGAGGUGUUUAUGGGUUUUUGAGAACAUGGUAAAUAAUGGGUUUUUGCCGGACGUGAAGAAUUGCAAUAGGAUUCUUAGGUUGCUUAGAGAUAGAGAUAAUCUUGGUAAAGCUAGGGACAUAUAUGGAUGGAUGGGUACUUUUGGGAUUGAGCCGACUCUCGUCACGUACAAUACAAUGUUGGAUUUUUUCUGUAAAGAAGGGAAUGUGCAACAGGCGUUUGAACUAUUGCACGAGAUGCAAAGAAAGGGUUGCCACCCGAACGAUGUUACGUAUAAUGCCUUGAUUGAUUGUCUCUCAAAGAAAGGUGAAUUCGAGAAUGCAAAAGAGUUAAUGGAAGAGAUGUCGAGAAAGGGGAUGAAAGUUUCGGUUUAUGCUUACAAUUCUUUAAUAAGCGGGUAUUGUCAGAAGGGAAUGCUAAUUGAGGCUUUGGGGCUAGUUGAGGAGAUGAAAAAAAGAGGAGUCUUUCCAAGUGUGUACACGUAUAACUCAUUGAUGCAUGGCUACUGCAAGCUAGGGCUGGUAGAUUAUGCCUGGCAUUGGGUAGCUGUCAUGCUAAAGCAUCAUUUGGCAGUUGAUGUAAUUUCGUAUAAUGUUCUGAUAUAUGGGCACUGUCUGUUGGGGGAAAUAGGAGAGGCUCUUUCAUUGUUAUCCGAGUUGAAAAGAAGGAAUUUAAGUCUGACUGUAGUUACUUAUAAUACAAUUAUAUACGGGUUCUCGCGAAAUGGAGAUUUAGAAGGCGCGCGGAAGUUUAAAGACGAGAUGGCUGGUUGUGGGAUUUCUCCUGAUAUCAUUACAUACACAAUCCUCAUAAAUGGUUCUUACAGGAUAGGGAAUCUACUCAUGGCGAAAAAGUUCUACGAGGAGAUGGUUCGGGCUGGGUUGAAACCCGAUCGAAUUACUUACACAGCCUGCAUAGACUGGAAUUUGAAGCUUGGGGACAUGAGCUCGGAUUUGAAGCUGCAAGAGGAGAUGCUGACAAAAGGGUUCGCAGGUGACGUAAUUAUUUAUAACGUGUUUGUGGACGGGAUUUCUAAGUUGUUUGAUCUGGGAGAAGCGUACGAGUUAUUUCGAAAAAUGAUAAAUGACGGUUUUAACCCGGAUCAAGUAACUUACACAAGCAUCAUACGUGCUCAUUUGGAAAGUGGAUAUCUGGAGAAAGCCCGGGAAUUGUUUGAGGAGAUGCUGGGCAAAGGCUUGUCCCCAAAUGUGGUGACUUACACCGUUUUGAUUCAUGCGCACGCGGGCCAGGGAAGGGUAGAAUCGGCAUUUAUAUAUUUAUCAGAGAUGAAGGAGAAGGGUGUUUUUCCGAACGCGAUCACGUACAAUUGUCUUAUAAACGGGCUUUGUAAGGUUGGGAAAAUGGACGAGGCCUACAAGCUGUUUUGUGAAAUGCAAACGAAAAGAAUUCUGCCGAACAAGCACACUUACACUAUAAUGAUAAACGAGAACUGUGAACUUGGCAAUUGGGAUGAGGUGCUGAGAUUGUACAAGGAGAUGCUGGAUAAAGGAAUCCAACCUGAUGCUUGUACAUAUAGUGCACUUUUCAAGCAUUUGAGAAAGGACCUUAAAUGGUUUGUAGCCCAAGAGCUUGAGCGUAUACUUGUGGAUGAUAAGGAAAAAUUGCUGAUGCAGUGA